AUGAAUGUCAACAACAGCCAUAUUGGUUCGCAAUACAUCCAUACGUCCUAUUACUAUGAAGAUUCUGUGGUGGUCAUAAUGAAAGGUUUUUAUGUGGAGCUCACAAAGAUAUUGAAUAUUUUCACAACUAUUGAUUUAUCAAAUAACAUGUUUGAAGGAGAAGUUCCACAACUCAUUGGAGAUUUAAAAUUUCUAAUAGGCCUUAACCUUUCAAACAAUGGAAUCACAGGUACCAUUCCACAGUCAUUGAGUUAUUUGAGAAAUUUGGAGUGGUUGGACCUAUCAAGGAACCAGUUGAAGGGUGAGAUUCCCAUGGCUCUCACAAAGCUGAAUUUUCUCUCAUUCUUGAACCUUUCACAAAACCAUCUCAAGGGUAUGAUACCUAAAGGCCAACAGUUUGAUACAUUUGGAAAUGAUUCUUUUGAAGGAAAUACAAUGUUAUGUGGAUUCCAAGUGUCUAAAUCUUGCAAAAAGGAUUAA